CAUUUUAGAUGUGCAAGAAUUUAUGGAAUUUUGUACUAAUGAAUCCUUCAUGGGGAAUCUUCUUGAAACCACCUUCAUCCAACUAAGAGACCAAUGAGAAAACUGUUGAAAGGUCUGGUGAGUCCUGCAACCAUCAUCAAAAUCAAAUCAGAACAUUUCAGCACUCCAAGGAGAAAGUGCGUACAGCCAUUCUCCAUUCCUGCCAUCUACAUCUCUAGCCCCAGCACUGACAGGCUGGAGGAGAGACAUUUGUCCAUGGUGGACCAGACUUUCCGAAGAUAUUUUGCAAGAGUGUGUAGCACCCAGGGAACCUGGGGAGAUGCUCGGGGCAGGGAACGGCCGCUGUGUGUGAGGAGACGCAGGAAAGCCUCCCAAAGUUCACCAGAGCCAGAAGCAAGUGUGAACGUGGCAUGUGCCACCGUGAAGGCCCGGGAGAGAAAGGCCCUGGAGCCAGGCACGGAAGGCUUCCCGGAAGAAGAGGAGCGUGGGGCCGAGGCCUGGGCGGAGAAGCUUUGGAAAUUCUGGACCAAGCGGGCAGGUACCCUGAGGCUUCUGAGACAACAGAUCAAGUCUCCGACCUCCUACAACGUUGUAGGAUUCGCGCAACAGGCGCUCGACGGGCGCCCCGGGGGGUGGUUUGGGGUUCGCGCGGUCACAAGGAGGCGCCGGCCCGAGCUGCGGACCACGGCGGGGCCUGGUCCUGCCCGCGCCGGCCCCGCCCGGAACGAGCUGCUGCCGAGGGCCCCGGAGGUGCGGGCGAGGGAGCCCCGACCCCAGGAGCAGCGCUGA